GUUACAAAUCUCGUUUGUUAUUGAUAUCGGUCUUUUUUCUAAUCGAAUUUAUAAAACGUGGGUCACGAUGGCUAGAUAAGAGGGCACAUCUUUACUAAACAAAGUUUUGUUUACAUUUGAAAUAGAUGAAAUCACUUGAAUUAGUCCAACCUUCAACUUGAAUUUUUAGCAUAAUAUUGUAGAACCAUAAACGCGUUAUUAGUAUAUAUCGCUGAUUUUUUUUUUUAACCGCACGUGUACGUAGAAUAGAUCUUCCACAGCACUAAUACUCUUGCAUAAUUGUGGACUGUACUUUAACGGAUGAUGAUGAUGAUGAUAUCUCUAUGACAGGGGUGUGAGAGUUCAGAUUUUUAUCUGAUUUCAGAUUUUUUUAAUUUUGAUUUUCAGCUUAAUUUCAGCUUAUUUUUGGCCUUCCUCUGUACAAAAAGUAUGGGAGCUCUGUCUAUUUCAGACUUUUUCAACACUCUUCAGCUUUUUUCGGAUCUUUUUAUUUGUGACCACUCACACCCCUGCUAUGUGUAGAACCCAUUAGUUUUUAGAUACAGUAUCAGGCGCGCGCGAGAAGGUACAGGACGAUUUGUCUGGAAACUUCUAACAAAUUACACCGGCUGUUUGACUUCGAGGCCGUUAAGUGGGAUCGUUGACAUGGCAGAUUUAGCAGAAAAAACGAGUGAACUUACAAUGGAUGAUAAGCCUGCAGUGAUGUAUAUAUCUGAGAAGGAAGGAAAUGAUGAAUCAGGAGAUGGAACAGAACAAAAACCCUACCAGACUUUACUACGUGCAAUGAUGAGAGCAGGAGGGGAGCCUUUCCCCAAAUUCAUGGGAGAUUCAAAGAAGGAAGGAGAGAGAUGGGAAGAGGUUUCACAGGCUCAGAGGAAGAAGAUUGCCAAGCUUUAUGCCAAAGAGCAGAGGAAAACAGCUGAUCGUGAAAAGAGAGAAGCAGAGGAUGCUGAGAAGAGGCAGAAGAAUUUGGAGGAGGCCAAGAAAAUUACCAUUGAGGAAGACCCAGGCUUGCCAGCUGCUAAAUUGAUCAAGAUAAAGAAUGGAGAAGCCAAUAGAGGAGUGCGUGUGAAGAUCAAUGGAUGGGUACACAGACUCAGAAGACAAGGUCGAGCUCUUAUGUUCAUUGUUCUUAGGGAUGGUACUGGAUUCCUUCAAUCUGUUCUCAAUGAUAAAUUGUGCCAGACUUAUGAUGCCUUGAUCCUGUCAACAGAAAGUACAGUGACAUUGUAUGGUGUCCUCAAGGAAGUCCCUGAAGGAAAAUCAGCACCUGGUGGUCAUGAGCUUCAUGUAGACUACUGGUCUCUUAUUCACGCAGCCCCUGCAGGUGGUGUGGAUAAUGUAGUCAAUGAGGAAUCUCAUAUUGAUGUACAGUUAGAUCAGAGGCAUAUGAUGAUGAGAGGAGAAACGCUUUCCAAGAUCAUGCGUGUUCGGUCAACUGUUACACAAUGUUUUAGAGACCAUUUCUUCAACCGGGGUUAUGAUGAGCUUACCCCUCCAACAAUUGUAGAAACCCAAGUAGAAGGAGGUUCAACAUUAUUCAAACUGGGUUUCUUUGGACACGAGGCCUUCUUGACCCAGUCGUCUCAGCUCUAUCUCGAGACGGCUCUACCUUCCAUGGGAGAUGUCUUCUGCAUAGCACAGUCUUACCGAGCUGAGCAGUCAAGGACACGUAGACAUCUAGCUGAAUAUACUCACGUUGAAGCUGAGUGUCCAUUCAUCACAUUCAAUGACCUACUGGAUAAGCUGGAGGAUUUGGUGUGUGAUGUAGUUGAUAGGGCCCUUGCCUCUCCUGUUGGUAAUCUCAUUAUGGAAUUUCACCCGGAUUUCAAGCCCCCCAAGAGGCCAUUCAAGAGGAUGAACUACUCCGAUGCUAUUGAGUAUCUCAAAGAGCAUGACAUCAGGAAGGAUGAUGGUACAUUCUAUGAGUUCGGAGAGGAUAUUCCAGAAGCACCCGAGAGGAAGAUGACUGACCAAAUCAAUGAGCCAAUCCUGUUGUGCCGAUUCCCAGCUGCAAUCAAAUCCUUCUACAUGCCAAGAUGCCCUGAGGACAAUCGCCUUACAGAAUCGGUCGAUGUGUUGAUUCCCAAUGUUGGUGAGAUUGUAGGAGGCUCAAUGAGAACAUGGAACUAUGAAGAGCUGAUGUCAGGAUAUGAACGUGAGGGUAUUGACCCCACACCAUACUACUGGUAUACUGAUCAGAGAAAGUUUGGGAGCUGUCCUCAUGGAGGUUACGGUCUGGGACUAGAGCGAUUCCUGACCUGGCUGAUGAACCGACAUCACAUCAGAGAUGUUACCCUCUAUCCUCGCUUUGUAGAGAGAUGUACACCAUAGAGGGCGACAUCACAUAGUGUGGAAUCGAGACAGCGCCAUUCAUUCAGAGUUUGACCAACCCAAGUUUCAUUUUGUCACAAUGUGUUGCAUGUUCUUUUGUUCUUUCAAGGCAACUUUUGUCAUAUUGUAACCAAUUUGAGUCGGAAGAAGUGUAGUCAUCAGAAACUAUUGGUUAUUUCAAGAGCCUCAUAUAGUUCCCUCUAUCGGUUUAUGUACUAAGGGAUUUUUUCACAGACCCCAUGGCAUGGCUGCACAUGACUGUAUGUAGUAUUCAUUAUGCAAACUCGCACAAUGAAUGCACUCUUACUUAAACUAGGUUUGUCAAACUCCUAAUGAAUGGCUCUGGUAAGAAAUGUUAAUGGAAGAAACAUCUCUCUAGUGUAAACUCCUUGAUUUCUUCAGGGUUGGUAAAUUGGAUCCUGGCAUACAUGGAUUUACACAAGGCAGUGGUCUCGGUGAAACAAUUAUUCCUCAUCUGUUUCUUAUAAUAUUUGUCUCCUCACACACAAUGGAGCAGGAGCUUGCAACACAAAGCUGAGCACUCAAUUUAAGGGCUGAAGUUCAUGAUUAAUUGCAUUGAUUAUUAUGUGCAAUCAAUUGCUUCGUCUUACUGGAUCCUGAUGAAACAUUUGUUUCCAAUAUCUCCUACAAUCGUAAUCUUUGCACAAAGGCUUCACAUCUUGUUAUUAUAUUCUUCUACUUGACUUUACUUUGCUUUUACUUUCAUUCAAAUUAUAUGAAGGCAAGUUCAAGGUCACUGCCCUUCGUGUCAGUCCUGAAGAAUAAAGAAAAUAUGACAUUAGUGUCAUACAUACAAAAGGGGAAGUCAUCUCUGGAUCACGGUCCAAAUCCUUACCUUUAUUACCCGAAGGUGCCUUAACAAAAUGCAAGUUUUCAUCAUAAGUCAGGAAUGGGGACAGACAUUUGAGAACAUAUCAUGACAUGGUCUUGAGAGUGAAUGUUGCUUGUUUUCCCACACAAGUGGAAUUGUAUGUAGGUGUAUGAGAAAGUAAUCUGUAGGUUCCAUGACAUUUGCUCCGACGACAAUUGCUCCGAUGGAAAAACUGCACGUUAGCCAAACCUAAAUAAAUUCUAAUCCUUAUCUUACAUUAUUUUGAACCAAAAAUGUAAUUACUAUCCUAACUCCAACCCUUUUCCCUCUGAGAUACUAAGACAGGAGCAAAUGUCACAGGAGCAUGUGUCAUGCCACCAAUCUGAAUCAGUAGGGCAGUACCUUGAACUUGUCUACUACCUAUAUAUUUCUAUUGUACAUGUAGGUUACUGAGUAGGUGUUAGCUGUAGUGGUAGCGUAAGUUAAUUAUCUCUUGUUCAGGAGCAUGCUAGGUGAUAAAAGUAUCAUGAAAGAUCAAAUGAUUUUAAGAUGGUUGUUAAGAAAAUGAAUAACAAGAAUAUAUGACAAAGGUUUGGUGGCAUCCAAUGAUUAGUUGCAUGCAAAUGUGAUAUCAGUGAUUUCUUAUAAUCAAAAUGUGUAUUUUGGGAAUUUAAUCGAAGCUUCAAUUAUACCAAGUGAAAACCAUAUAUUAAUUUACAGGAUUUGUUUGCUAACCAUGUAAUUAGCAGUCUGUGAAAGAAAAAAUGGAUUUUGAACUAUUUUUAUAAGGUUUCUUUUUUUUCUGCCACUAUGUUGUUUGGACAAUAAGCUAUUCAACAAUUGCAUCUUAAUUUAUCAUAUUUGUUUAUUGGUCUGGUAAUGUAUUCUAUUUCCAAGGGAUUAUCUUUUUUGAAGUACUUUGAAAGAUUUAUAUGUAUUCCUUGCAAUAAGAAGCUUUUGUUGUAAUAUGCCUGCUUCAGCAUAAGUUCACUGGACCAUAUUCAUUUUUGUCUCACCUGCAUAGCAGAGUGAGACUAUAGGCGCCGCUUUUCCGACGGCGACGGCGACGUCAACACCAAAUCUUAACCUGAGGUUAAGUUUUUGAAAUGACAGCAUAACUUAGAAAGUAUAUGGACCUAGCUCAUGAAACUAGGCCAUAAGGUUAAUCAAGUAUUACUGAACAUCCUGCCUGAGUUUCAUGUCACAUGACCAAGGUCAAAGGUCAUUUAGGGUCAAUGAACUUAGACCAUGUUGGGGGAAUCAACAUCAAAAUCUUAACCUAAGGUUAAGUUUUUGAAAUGUCAUUAUAACUUAGAAAAUAUAUGGACCUAGUUCAUGAAACUUAUACAUAAGGUUAAUCAAGUAUCACUGAACAUCCUGCAUGAGUUUCACAUCACAUGACCAAGGUCAAAGGUCAUUUAGGGUCAAUGAACUUUGGCCGAAUUGGGGGUAUCUGUUGAAUUACCAUCAUAACUUUGAAAGUUUAUGGAUCUGAUUCAUGAAACUUGGACAUAAUAGUAAUCAAGUAUUACUGAACAUCCUGUGCAAGUUUCAGGUCACAUGAUCAAGGUCAAAGGUCAUUUAGGGUCAAUGAACUUUGGCCAAAUUGGGGUAUUUGUUGAAUUACAGCCAUAAAUUUGAAAGUGUGUUGGUCUAGUUCAUAAAACUUGGACAUAAUAGUAAUCAAGUAUCACUGAACAUCCUGUGCGAGUAUCAGGUCACAUGAUCAAGGUCAAAGGUCAUGUAAGGUCAAAGAACUUUGGCCACGUUGGGGGUAUUUGUUGAAUUGCCAUCAUAUCUCUAUAAGUGUAUUGGUCUAGUUCAUAAAACGUGGAAAUAAGAGUAACCAAGUAUCACUGAACAUCUUGUGCGAGUUAUAGUAGUUUUCAAAAUCAGCACUGCUGCUAUAUUGAAUCGCGUGAUGCAGGUGAGACGGCCAGAGGCAUUCCACUUGUUGGACUAGUUAUUUCUUAAUUAUUUUACACAAUGUUGUUUGUACUUCAGUUAUGCAAUGCAUUCAGUUUGAUUUAGAGAUAGGGGUAUGGUUAUAUAUUUUUGAUAAGGGGUAGAGGCAUUAAUCAAAGAUAAUGCUGGAUUAAAAAUAAUUAACUGUGUGUACUCCCAUAUCAGGUUCCAUGACAUUUGCUCCCCUCUAAAUUCCACACUAAUGAAAUGGCCAACUUCAACCCUGGAUUUAACACUAUACCUAAUCCUAAAACUAACAUAAAGCCCUAUUGCUACCCUGACCCUCAAUGAAAUAAUUCCUGGAGCCAAUGUUGUGUCACCCCCAAUUAAUGGGCAAAUGAUUUACAUGUAAGCCUCAAUUAUAUAAGUGCCCAAAUGUGAGCCUGAAGUGUUAUUAUGAUUUCAAUUCAUUUUCCAGAUCUGGAUAUCUGUACAACACAUGGGUGAUUCAAUACAUCUUGCCCAAGUCAGUGAGACAACCAAAAUGUUUAGACAAAAAAAAAUAUAUACUCAACUUCAGCUGUGGAUGAGACAUACAUUUGGCUUGUUAUAGUAUAGUCCAGACAUGUCAAAUUGUUAUGCCUAACAUUACCCCUUCUCAUAAGUUCAAUAAUUACUAGCAUUUAAAUGAAAUUCAAUCAUUAGUAUAAAUGAAACGCACACCCAGAACACAUUCCAUUGGAAUUCAUUGUUUGAGAAGUUUUAUCGCUGUAAAUGGCAAGAAAAACUUUUAUUCAAUACCAAGCUUUGGUACAUCUGUUGUACCAUUUUUAUUUUUAAGGUAGUAGUUUAAGAAAUACUAUUCAUAAAUAAUAAAUGCAUGAAGAUACAACAGCUGUGUAUGCAUGGAAACAUUAAAGUACACUCAAAGUGACACGAUACAGCAAUAA